GAGUUGCAGGAGACGGCGAGUACAUAUCACUGCGCAGGCGUCCUCUUCCCCUAACGCUCAGCGUCGCUAGGGUGGCGCGCAGGCGCAGAGCGAUGCGCAAAUGUGCGCAGGCGCCUAGGGGCUGAGGCGCGAUGGCAGGUGUCGGGGCUGGGCCUCUGCGGGCGAUGGGGCGGCAGGCACUGCUGCUUCUCGCGCUGUGCGCCACAGGCGCUCAGGGGCUCUACUUCCACAUCGGCGAGACCGAGAAGCGCUGUUUCAUCGAGGAAAUCCCCGACGAGACCAUGGUCAUCGGCAACUAUCGUACCCAGAUGUGGGAUAAGCAGAAGGAGGUUUUCCUGCCCUCGACCCCUGGCCUGGGCAUGCACGUGGAAGUGAAGGACCCCGACGGCAAGGUGGUGCUGUCCCGGCAGUACGGCUCGGAGGGCCGCUUCACGUUCACCUCCCACACGCCCGGUGACCAUCAAAUCUGUCUGCACUCCAACUCUACCAGGAUGGCUCUCUUCGCUGGUGGCAAACUGCGUGUGCAUCUCGACAUCCAGGUUGGGGAGCAUGCCAACAACUACCCUGAGAUUGCUGCAAAAGAUAAGCUGACGGAGCUACAGCUCCGCGCCCGCCAGUUGCUUGAUCAGGUGGAACAGAUUCAGAAGGAGCAGGAUUACCAAAGGUAUCGUGAAGAGCGCUUCCGACUGACGAGCGAGAGCACCAACCAGAGGGUCCUAUGGUGGUCCAUUGCUCAGACUGUCAUCCUCAUCCUCACUGGCAUCUGGCAGAUGCGUCACCUCAAGAGCUUCUUUGAGGCCAAGAAGCUGGUGUAGUGCCCUCUUUGUAUGACCCUUCCUUUUUACCUCAUUUAUUUGGUACUUUCCCCACACAGUCCUUUAUCCACCUGGAUUUUUAGGGAAAAAAAUGAAAAAGAAUAAGUCACAUUGGUUCCAUGGCCACAAACCAUUCAGAUCAGCCACUUGCUGACCCUGGUUCUUAAGGACACAUGACAUUAGUCCAAUCUUUCAAAAUCUUGUCUUAGGGCUUGUGAGGAAUCAGAACUAACCCAGGACUCAGUCCUGCUUCUUUUGCCUCAAGUGAUUUUCCUCUGUUUUUCACUAAAUAAGCAAAUGAAAACUCUCUCCAUUACCUUCUGCUCUCUCUUUGUCCACUUACGCAGUAGGUGACUGGCAUGUGCCACAGAGCAGGCCCUGCCUCACUGUCUGCUGGUCAGUUCUGGGUUCACUCAAUGGUUUUGUGAAUGUAAAUAAGGGGCAGGUCUUGGCCCUAGAGGAUUGAGAUGUUUUUCUAUAUCUUAGAACUAUUUUUGGAUAAAUUAUAUAUUUUCCUUCCUAGUAGAAGUGUUACUGCCUGUAACUAGCUCAAAAUACUAAUGCAGUUUCUGCAUUCUGGGUUUUGUUUUUCCUUUUUUUUUUUUUUUGAGUUUUGCUCUUGUCUCCCAGGCUGGAGUGCAAUGGCGUGAUCUCAGCUCACUGGCAACAUCUGCCUCCCGGGUUCAAAUGAUUCUCCUGCCUCAGUCUCCUGAGUAGCUGGGAUUACAGGUGCCCGCCACCACGCUCAGCUAAUUUUUUGUAUUUUUAGUAGAGAUGGGGUUUUACCAUGUUGGCCAGGCUGGUCUUAGACUCCUGACCUCAGUUGAUCCACCUGCCUCAGCCUCUGCAUUCAGUUUAUUCACAUAUUUUUGGUAACUCCCAUGGCAGCUCCUAGGAUUUCAGCGGUCUGUGGGCCAGAAAGCAGACACCGGGGCUGACCUCAAGGCCGUAUCAGAGGGCCAAGCAGAGUUCUUUUGGAUACCUGCUUUUCAUCCCACAGGGCCUUAGAGUCAGAGGUAAGGUAGCAACAGAGCUAGAAUGGGGCAAUGCACUCUUACCCUCCUUCUCAACUUUUAUUUAAGCUGUGCUAAAUGUUUUCUUCAAGGGAACCAGAUUUAGUUCUUUACAGAAUUUUCCAGUGAAAUAAAACAUGUUGUAAUAGCUGUGUUUGAGAUGAAAUAAGAGGUUGUGGGCAGAGGGGAGGCACCUAAAGGAAAAGAGGAAAGGUGCCUGGGCUACCUAUGCAGAUAACCUGGAGUGGACUUCACUGUGGACUCAUGGUACUAAGGCUUGGCCUGGACAGGCAGUCUAGGGGGUAUGGGAAUACAUGGUGUGGUUCAACUAUUUGCAAAGGUCAACCAAAUAGACCACAUGUUCGCAAAGUAUCAUCUGAGGAAAUUAAGUACCUUCUUAGCCCUCUCAGUCAUAAAUUUGAACAAAUUUUAAUACACUUCCCUCAUGCCCUUCUAUAUAAAACUUAAUACCAUUAGUUCCCCAUUCUUGACAUUUUCAGUUUUUAUUAUAUAUUUAUUUGAAAUAUUUAUUAAAUUAUCUGACCUACAGAACUAAA